GGUUACAUUAAGUCAGACGAAUAAAGUUUCAUGUAAGUCUGUGCCUUAUUUACUGUGACCAUUCCAAGAAAGCUCCCUCACAGGUUAGUUUUCCAGGAAAUUUCUUUUUUUACUUCGUGUAUUGCAAGGCAAGUUUAUGGUAUUAUAAGGAGAAGUAGCAGCUAGGGAUUUUCCAUGAACUCUACCUAGGAAUAAAAGGACAACGGGGACAGUUACCCAGUUUUUACGCAGGCAAGAUUUUCAAAGGAAUUAGUGGUGUUAUUGUUAGUGCUAGUACAUGCCGCGUAUUCACCUCUUUGCUUCUGACACAAGUUGACAAAAGAGGCUAAUAAAGCUUAAGCGAAACUUCUCCUGGGCUUUAUGGGUUGACUGGUAAUUACCUGGAAAUGGUAGAGGUGUAUUCUUCUCCUUUAAGUGAUUUUCCGCAAUGACUUACUAAAACCCAGCGACUUACUAAAAUAAUUGGGAUAGACUACUCUGAUUCGGUACCUGUAUCUUCCAAACAUCUCCCAGAAAUUCUCUUUCAUUUCACAGAAAUUUGGACGACCACCCAAUUUAAAGAAAUUUCAAUGAUUUAUAAAAUUGUUAUUGGGGAUUUAAGCAUGGGGCCUCACAAGUAAAUCAAAUAAUUAGAUAGAGGCCAUUAAUCUCUAAUCAUUAAUUUUGCAAGUAUGAGUUUGCUGCAUUUUUUAAUUUUAAUUCGUUUGAUGUAAUUGUGUUUUGGUUUGAUAUAAAAAUCAUAGAUAAGUAAAAAUUUAAAAAAUAAAUAAAUAUAAUUAAAUAUAUGACAUGACUCGACAAGAAAAAGUAUGUCUAGUGAUUUGAAAGUGUGGUAUUGUUUUCUUAGUAUUUUCCUCUGAUUUUCAUUUUGCCUUUUUACAUUGGAACAUCUGAACAUGAACCCAAAUUAGAGGUGCAGUGUUUAUAUAAUAAGCUUUCACCUCAAGCCAUCCCGGAUCAUAGGGAACACAUUCGAGCACAAAAACAACCCCAACCACCAGCCAUCCAGAUCAUAGUUGAAUACAUUAGAGUACUAAACCCCACCACCGCCCCCCCCCCCCAAAAAAAAUGGCCUAAGUAUCAUGAAAACAACAAUUUUGAAGGGAGGGUUGGAGGAAGAAACAAGGGGUAUUAAUUAUGUUUAACUUGGAUUCAUUUCAGGAACCUAUUGGAAGAGAUGAUGCUGAUAAAGUCAAGUCGUUACUCUUGGAAUACGGAGAAUCAUUGGAGGAUGAUGGAGGAUCAAUGUGGCUGCAGAAACUUUUUCUCAUUGCCUAUGGACGAGGAAGCUUUCAUGUUGCUGAAGGGUUGGCAAAACUGCGGCCUCAAAUAGCUAGCAUUAAAAGUGAUGAGGAUGGUUACACAGCCAUGCAUCAUGUUUGCUGUGGAGGAAAUGUCAAGAUGAUUAAAUUAUUGGGGACUCUUAAUCCCCAGUCUCUUGAAACUCUGACUUCCAAUCAAGAGACGGUUCUUCACCUUGCAGCAAAGAACUCCAAAUGUGAUGCUUUUGAAGUCCUGCUGGAUGAAAUUAAAAAUUUCAACCUAGAGGAUGUCCUGAAUAGUAAAGAUGAAAACGGUGACACAGUAUUGCAUAUCGCUACAGUAAAUAAAUCAGUCAAGACUGUGAAGCUGUUGGUCCGUGAGUGUUCCAAUGGCAAUGCAUCUCUACUCAGUUGCAGGAACAACAAGGGACAAACAGCAUUAGAUGUGUGUCCAUCUGAUUCUAAAGAUAAGAAUCACAAAAAAAUCUUCAAGAUCCUUAAGGAUGCUGCUGCUGCACAUGAUCAAGAAUUAUGUUCCCCGACAGAUCAGUAUGCCUCUAAGUUGACUUCGGAGGCAAGAAAUGUUCUAUUGAUGGUUCUAGGAUUGAUAGCUGCAGCAGCCUUUACAGUAACAUGCAAUUUGCCUGAAGCUUUUCUCAAAGAUCUUGCAGGCGAAACUUUGGAGGCUAAGGAUGUGAUAUUUGGUAGAUUGCCAACGGUUUUCUACCUCAUGGUUUUCAACUCAGCUGGAUUCAUGACUACCAUGUUUAUCAUUGUGAUACUGAUAUGGCCACUGCUAUUUAGAAGCAUUCUGCUUUUUGUGGUGAUCUGCACAUGCAUUGUAUAUGUCAUGUUAGUGGACAAGAUCACUCCUAAAUUAUCUGUAAGAAUUGGGAUCUCCAGCAUUUCCGGUAUUGCUUUGCUAUGGUCAUUAGCGAUAGUCUUUACUCUCUCUGGAGUUGCAAUACUGUGUUUGGCAAAAUACAGUUUGCUGUGUUUUUGCCGGCUGGUCAAUUGUUUGUGGACGAGAAGAAGCAGCUACAGGAGCAAUAAUUCCGGAAGAUUUGGAAGCAUGGUAGAGCUCGGAUCAAUUAACUGUUUAAACUGAAUUUUUUGUUUUUCUUUUUUGAAUUCAUAGGUAUGUGUACAUAAAAUAAAGGAUUAAGUUGUAGAGUAAUACUAGACUUAUAUAUAAAUCUUACAAAGAUUUUUAUAUAAAGUAAUGUGGUAGUAAAUGAAUAGGAGAGUGAA